UCAGAGCGCGAACGCCUUCAGACGCACGAGAACUAACCGAGAACGAGGACUUUAACUGUUCGUUUCAUACACCACUUUUCAGUACACAGAGAAGCGAAGAUGUUUGCUUGGGCUGUUAUCGUCAUCCUUAUUGGGCACUUUAAUGUGGGUUUCUCCAGCUGCCCAGCAUGUUCAUGCCCACAGGAGCUUCCCAAGUGCGCUCCUGGAGUCAGUCUGGUCUCGGAUGGCUGUGGUUGUUGUAAAGUGUGUGCCAGACAACUGAACGAAGACUGCAGCAAGACCGAGCCGUGCGACCACACCAAGGGUCUCGAGUGCAACUUCGGGGCGAGCCACGGGGCCACCAGAGGCAUCUGCCGAGCCAAAUCUGAGGGAAGACCAUGUGAGUACAACAGCAGGAUCUACCAGAACGGAGAGAGUUUCCAGCCUAACUGCAAACACCAGUGCACUUGCAUUGACGGGGCGGUGGGAUGUAUCCCGCUUUGCCCGCAAGAGCUUUCCCUUCCCACGUUGGGAUGCGCCAAUCCCAGGCUGGUCAAAGUGCCGGGGCAAUGCUGCGAGGAGUGGGUCUGCGACGACGGGAAGCAUCGGGAAUCCACCGACAAGUUUGGCAACGAUCCAAUGGUUGACGACUCCGAGAGUGACCUCACCAACAAGAACGAGCUCAUCUCCAACGUGAAGCCGGGACUCAAAUCUUUACCUGCAUUCCGAUCUCAGCGGGAAUCCCAGAAGUGCAUAGUUCAGACCACACCCUGGUCCCAAUGCUCCAAGACCUGCGGCACGGGAGUCUCCACCAGAAUAACCAACGACAACGCCGACUGCAAACUGGUGAAGGAAACCAGGAUCUGUGAAGUCCGUCCAUGCAGCCAAUCACCAUACACCAGCCUUAAGAAGGGGAAGAAAUGCAACCGGACCAAGAAGUCGAUGCAGCCGGUGAAGUUCUCUUACGCCGGAUGCUCCAGUCUGAAGAAGUAUCGGCCCAGAUACUGUGGCUCGUGUGUGGACGGCCGGUGUUGUAGCCCACAGCAAACCCGAACCAUCCGAGUCAAGUUUCGCUGCGACGACGGCGAGACCUUCAACAAGAACGUCAUGAUGAUCGAGUCCUGCAAGUGCACCUAUAACUGCGCCCAAGGCAACGACGCGUCCUACCCCUUUUACAGACUCUUCAACGACAUCCACAAGUUCAGAGACUGAGCGGGAGGGAAUCCCCACCCCGGGAACCGUCACGAGCGCGACCCGAAAGGGGGGGAGACGUGUCCGCCGGCCAAUCGACUCCUGAUGUAACUAGAUUCCCACGGAAUUACGGAUUUACAUUACGGGGACUUUGAAGUGCACUGUUUGCUGAG